UUUUUAAACAGAUUGUGUUCAGAUCUUCAGCUGUUUACUCAUUUCAGGACCAAGACUCUGGUUGUAAUCUUCAAAAAGGAGACGACUCUAGGGGCACGGCGUCCUAGCGCUUUCCGCGCCGGGAUCGAUUGACUGGCGGGCGUGGCCGUCGGGCUGGCUCCUCCCCCUCCUGGCGGCAGCGUGCGCUCCCAGCCGCCACCUCCGUGCACCCCGCGCUCGCCCGGCUUGCGCGCCCGAGCCCAUGCCCCCAGCGCCACGUGGUCACCCAGCGCCAUGUGCGUCCCGCACACCAUGGAGACGGGAAAGCACCACAACACGCCGGACACAGGCCAGGGUCAGGGGCAUGGCCAGGGCAGGCGCUGUGGAGGGGUGCCGCUCGAGCCCUUCGUCCACCAGGUGGGCGGCCACACCAGCAUGAUGCGCUACGAUGACCACACCGUCUGCAAGCCGCUCAUCAGCCGCGAGCAACGCUUCUACGAGUCACUGCCGCCCGAGAUGAAAGAGUUCACGCCCGAAUACAAAGGCGUGGUCCUGGUGUGUUUCGAGGGAGACAUAGACGGCUACAUUAACCUGGUGGCCUACCCUUACGUAGAGAGUGAAUGCUUGGACCAUGAGGACCUGCCUGAGAGGGACCAACCGCGCCGUAAACACUCGCGGCGCAGCCUGCAUCGCUCCAGCAGCGAUCACAAAGAAGACAGAGUGGCUCAUGAGAGUGACAGCAAUGACAAUCUGCAGGAACUAAAGAGUCCACGGCUGGAGCUGCAGAUUCACUCAGAAGUGCCCUUCCAGAUGCUGGAUGCGAACAGCGGCCUGAGUUCAGAGAGGAUCAGCCACAAUCCCUGGAGCCUGCGCUGCCACAAACAGCAGCUCAGCCGCAUGCGCUCCGAGUCCAAAGACAGGAAGCUCUACAAAUUUCUCCUCCUUGAGAACGUGGUGCAUCACUUCAGCUGCCCCUGCAUCCUGGACCUGAAGAUGGGCACGAGGCAGCACGGUGACGAUGCAUCCGAGGAAAAGGCGGCUCGGCAGAUGAAGAAGUGCGAACAGAGCACGUCUGCCACUCUGGGCGUACGUGUGUGUGGGAUGCAGGUGUACCAGAUGGACACAGGGCACUACCUGUGCCGCAACAAGUACUACGGUCGAGGCCUGUCCAUCGAGGGUUUCCGGAACGCGCUGUACCAGUUCAUGCACAAUGGCACCGAACUGCGCCAGGACCUGUUUGAGCCCGUUCUGAGCAAGCUGCGCAGUCUCAAAGCCGUGCUGGAGCGCCAGGCCUCGUACCGCUUCUACUCCAGCUCGCUGCUCAUUAUCUAUGAGGGAAGAGGGCCAGAGCGGGCCGAGCCUCCGGCCGAGAAGGAUGUCGUCGCCGGGUCUCCACCGUCAGACCCGCAUCCGGCUCCGAGCGUCGACGUGCGCAUGAUAGACUUCGCCCACAGCACCUUUAAAGGCUUUCGGGACGACCAGACGGUGCACGACGGACCUGACAAAGGCUAUGUGUUUGGACUAGAAAGCCUCAUAAACAUCCUGGAAUCGAUUCGGGAGGAGAACCAGUAACAUAAAGUGACUUUUUUUUUUAGUUGAACCUAUAUUUUCCCUACAGCGCUUUUCCUUCCUCUCAUUCUCAAGUAUGACUUGAUUAUUGCUAUACCUUCAGUGUGGUGGCAGGAUAACAUGACAAUUCGAGUAUUGUGAAGGAAGGAAAGGCCUCGCACCUCAAAGCAUGAGGGUGUUUUAAAGCUUCAGUCAUCAUGGGGGAAAUGGCGGUGACCUCUAACUGGGUUUUUACUCAUGGCAGGGAUGGUCCAUGAUACAGGAACCAGGCUUGUUUUACACGUCCUGUGGAUUCGUCGCCACCGUGUGGCUAUCCAAGGUUUUGCAGGCAGCCACAGCUCAGGGGAAGUCCAGGGUCAGAUCCUUUUGGGUUGGGUGCAGGAAAAGCGUGUGUGUAUGUGUUUGUGUGUGUGUAUGUGUCUGCGUUUGUGUGUGCGUGUGUGUGCGCGUGUUGAGGAUAGGUGGGUAGCAUUUGGGGAGCAAAUCCCCACAGCAGUAUUCCUUUAGGGAGAAGUUUUGAUCCUUGCCAUGGCUUAACUGUAUAUCUGGGGGUGGACGGAUGACCAGAACCCCCUUCAAUUAGCAUCAAGUUACCAUUCAUAGCCGUGCGAGACUCUUGUAUGAGGUUACAUGCUUUUUAAUUGUAAAAAUAAUGUUACUAUAGCGUACCAUCUUAACCACGUCAUUAGAGCCAUCGUUGCAUUUGAGCUUUUUAUUGUUUUAUUUUGCUUCUUUUUUUAAAAUUAUUUUGUUUAUGAAAGUACUGCCAGUCCUAGUCUUGUCUCUCGGACAGUUUGUAGAUCUGUAAUCACAGCUGUGUUCCCUGUAUACACUCGGAUCUUCUUGUUUUUUUGGUUUUUUUUUUUUUUUUUUGCACUGUAGAUUGUGUUAAUGCAUACAUCAUGGUUCUUCAGACUCUUUUCCUCUCCCUACCUGUCAUUUUAUAUUUUAGUAUUUAUAUUUACAGUGAACCUUCACGUCCAUCAGCACAUGUAGCAAUGCAAUCCAGAAAACGCUGAACCCCUAAACUCAUCUUUCCUUUAUCUUUGAUCUUCUCAUUUCCCCUUUUCGUCACCAUAGGUGGACCAUAUCACCUCGUAGUUACACUUGAUUAAGGUGUUCUGUGUGUAGGUGGAAUUAUAGCCAUCGUCUUUUUGGUGAGGUGUUUUUUUUCCCUUCUCUGGCACACCACAGGCUCCAUUUCAACCAGAUUGUUUGUCAAAUGCAUUGAAGGUCAUUGAAGCUCCUCGCACAUGUUUAACAUAUUGAUAUUACCAGUGUAGUAUUCCUGUAUUGUGAUGACGUACCACAAUUAGGAGGUUGUGCUGCUGCUGUACGCAUUUCAAGAGAUUUCGAGACCCUGUCUGGUUAAAAUAAGUUAAUGCAAGAAGUAUAAAACCAGUCAUCAGCCAUAGUUAUUCUGUGCUGCCUGAUCUUAAGCUUGAUUUUAUAGUUGUGCCUCACAGCUGAUUCUAAAAUGACAGUCCCAGGCAAGUCGAGUAGUGUGGACUGCAAUCCUAAAUUUGGUAGUGUGAACUUGGAUUAACCUAAAAUCAAUAUUUUAAAAGUAUUUUAAGUGUGGAAACGGCAAUGGGUGUAAGACUUAUUUUUACAAUGGAAAAAUAUACUGUUCCCAUUAGCUAGUUUGUGUGAACAUUCCUGCCGCCAUGAUGUUUUGUGAUUGUAAAUUUAUUAGUUCGAUAUCUGUAUUCACUAGACAGUGACCUUGUGAUGCAGCUAUACUAUUGAUGUCUGAUUUAUAAGCAAAUUAAGUUUCUGAACCCUUUUAAUAAAAACAAAGCUGUAGUAUAUAACAUACAAAUACUUAUAAUUUUUGUCAUGCUGCUUUAAUUUGACAGCACCAUCACUUGGCAUUGGAGAAUCCAGUUUCUGCUACUAUCAACCCUUUGUCACUUCUUAAAUACCACUGGAACACGUAUUUACCUUCCGUGGCACCAUCAAAUCCAUCCACUCUGAAAAGCAGUGCACAGCAAUAUUUCUUUUUGGCUUACAAUACAAUAUUUAUCUCCAAACAGUCUCAAAAUCACUUUCAAAGUUCACUGUCUGUGUUUUUAUGCAUAACAUGACUAUGUAAUGCUUUUAGGAGUGUUUAAGACCAAACUAAACGUGCAACAUGCUGUGUGACGUGGCCUGUAUUUCAAAAUCUAGACAUUGUUUCUCUAAGUCGUGUUUCAAGUGAAGGAUUUAGAUCAACUCCUAAAUCAUACAAUGACAUACUCACCCGAAGUUCAUGUUUGCCAAACACUGUGCUGUUUGAGUCCUGGUCAGGAUAUGUAGGUUUAAAAAUUGGGCCAUAAUUUAGUACGGAAGGUCCACAGGUGUAAUUACUGACCUUUUUAUUGAAAAUCUGCCAUCUGUGUUGUGCCAGAGCGGAAAAAAGAAACGCACACAACUAGUGAAAAUACAUUUUUUUUACUCUGUUAAAGGGACUAGAAUGAAAUCAAAAAGACCUCCUCUGUGGUGAAUGUUUUGUUUUUCCAUAGAUGUGAGAUAGUUCUGCUAAAAUAUAUAUAUUACACAUUAUAAAGUAUGUUUUAGCCCUUUGUUGUUGCAUGGAUGAAUAUUUUUUUAAGAAAUCUAUAUGACAUAUUUGAAUGUGAGUUAUAAAUCAUUUAUUUAAGAAAAA